CACAAACACACAGACAGAAAAGCUUGCAGAUCAUCCAAUCAUCUUCUCACACGGCCUCAUACAGAUGUACAGGGACACCGAGCACCAGAGAACAAGAGAUUACAUUUAAUAUAACACCAGGGGUACCAUGGUUCAAACAUUGAACAAUAUGGCGGAGCUGAGAGGUUCUAGGUUUGGUCGUCCCUGGCCGAGGCAUGGACUCAAGCUCCUUUUCUGGUUCGCCAACGAUUACAUCGUCUUUGACGAUGACAACCAGAUGGUUGCAAAUUACGACCCCGAAGAGGGAGACUUUGGUUUCCAUCACUUCCGCAACAGACUUGAGUGUGAAAACAAUGUCUGCAAGAGGCUGCUUCCUUAUAGUGAGUACCCAUUCUAUGAGGUGGGCAACCUCUACCUCCCAACAUCUAAAUCAUUGCCUAAAUAUGUCCGUGAGGGCAACACUCAUCAGAUAGAUACCAGUAACAUGGACCGCCUCAUCAUCAGUAUGCGUCCAGACAUGACAGUGGAUCAGGUCUAUGUGACCCAGCACGAGGACCUGAGGAGCUUCGACCCGGUCAACACCUAUCGCAUCAGCAGGGGGUUGCUCAUGAUCAUAUGUGGCCAUCCAUUGAGUAAAUUCCUGAAACAGGCGGGCUAUUCCACCCAUGAGCAAAAUGUAAUUAUUGAUCAGGGCACCACCCCCAGGGAGUCCAGGGAUACCAGGAUUGAUAUGGAAGGUGGAUGCAGAGAUGCACCCAGAGAUGCACCAGGCUUCUGGGAAAGCUACUGUACCAUACUGUAACCAGGCUUCUGGGAAAGCUACUGUACCAUACUAUAACCAGGCUUCUGGGAAAGCUACUGUACCAUACUGUAACCAGGCUUCUGGGAAAGCUACUGUACCAUAAUGUAACCAGGCUUCUGGGAAAGCUACUGUACCAUACUGUAGAUCAGUGUCCUUUAGUCCUGGUCCUGGGGACCCUGAAGGGGGGAACUGUUUAGUUUAUUGCCCCAGCACUUUGCAGUUCAUUAUGGUUUGUUAAUUUUCACUAAAACAUUUAGUCAUUUAUCAGACACUCUUAUCCAGAGUGACUUCAGAGCAUUAAACUAAAGGCAGGUAAACAACAACUUCCUGUAUCACAGUCAGAGCAUUAAACUAAAGGCAGGUAAACAACAACUUCCUGUAUCACAGUCAGAGCAUUAAACUAAAGGCAGGUAAACAACAACAUCCUGUAUCACAGUCAGAGCAUUAAACUAAAGGCAGGUAAACAACAACUUCCUGUAUCACAGUCAGAGCAUUAAACUAAAGGCAGGUAAACAACAACAUCCUGUAUCACAGUCAGAGCAUUAAACUAAAGGCAGGUAAACAACAACUUCCUCUAUCACAGUCAGAGCAUUAAACUAAAGGCAGGUAAACAACAACUUCCUGUAUCACAGUCAGAGCAUUAAACUAAAGGCAGUUAAACAACAACAUCCUGUAUCACAGUCAGAGCAUUAAACUAAAGGCAGGUAAACAACAACUUCCUGUAUCACAGUCAGAGCAUUAAACUAAAGGCAGGUAAACAACAACAUCCUGUAUCACAGUCAGUGCAUUAAACUAAAGGCAGGUAAACAACAACAUCCUGUAUCACAGUCAGAGCAUUAAACUAAAGGCAGGUAAACAACAACAUCCUGUAUCACAGUCAGAGCAUUAAACUAAAGGCAGGUAAACAACAACUUCCUGUAUCACAGUCAGUGCAAGUCAACUGUUUCUGUUACCAUUACUGAGAGGGUUGUUGCUGUUGGGGCCUGCUACUGGUUAAUGUACUUCUGUAUUUUAAAAUACAAAAUACAGGCAUUUUAAUUAAAUACACUUGAAAAUACAA